AUGAACCAGCCAACUACCACCCAAGCAGCCAACUACCACCCAAGCAGCCAACUACCACCCAAGCAGCCAACUACCACCCAAGCAGCCAACUACCACCCAAGCAGCCAACUACCACCCAAGCAGCCAACUACCACCCAAGCAGCCAACUACCACCCAAGCAGCCAACUACCACCCAAGCAGCCAACUACCGCCCAAGCAGCCAACUACCGCCCAAGCAGCCAACCACCGGCCAAGCAGCCAACCACCGCCCAAGCAGCCAACUACCGCCCAAGCAGCCAACUACCACCCAAGCAGCCAACUACCACCCAAGCAGCCAACCACCCCCAAGCAGCCAACCACCAUCCAAGCAGCCAACCACCAUCCAAGCAGCCAACCACCAUCCAAGCAGCCAACCACCAUCCAAGCAGCCAACCACCACCCAAGCAGCCAACCACCACCCAAGCAGCCAACCACCAUCCAAGCAGCCAACCACCAUCCAAGCAGCCAACCACCACCCAAGCAGCCAACUACCACCCAAGCAGCCAACCACCACCCAAGCAGCCAACCACCACCCAAGCAGCCAACCACCACCCAAGCAGCCAACCACCACCCAAGCAGCCAGCAGUCAGCCAACGGGGGCACGACUCCUGA